CACAAACAUAACAUUUAACUGUAGUUUUAGUGAUUUCUUUUUUUCGAUUUUGAGGCAUAUUCACAUCGGUGUGGUAUAUAUAGCACGUUGCGCAUUCGGUCAAAUCAGAAACAAAUCAUUCUUCAAACCAAAAGAACUUCAAAAUGCGUGCAUUCUUUGUGUUGUGCUUAGCUACAGUGGCGUAUGCCGACAAAUUGGGCUACAACUACCACCCAGUAGGACACUCUGACUCUGGUCUAUCCUUUGCACCAGGUGGUUCCUCAGGAAGCAUUGGUGGAUUGGGUGGCUCUGGAGGCCUCGGUGGUCUCGGUGGUUUGGGAGGCUCAGGUGGUCUUGGAGGAUUAGGUAGCGGUGGUAGCCUUGGUGGACUCGGCGGCGGUCUUGGCGGAAGUGGCGGCAGUGGCAGUCUUGGUGGUCUCGGUGGUUCAAGCGGUGGUUUGGGUGGUCUUGGCGGUUCCGGUGAUAUCGGUAGCUCUGGCAGCGUUGGACCAUCAUACUCCGCUCCCGCUCAAGCUGAAUUCAACAAGGAAUUCUUCUCCUACUCCGCCCCUGAACAAGAUUUCGAUGAUGCUGGUGCCAGCCAAGAUGUUGCCAACUCACUGAAGAAGAACCUCCGUGUUAUCUUCAUCAAGGGACCCGAAAACCGUGGACUCGAAAACGCUGCCCUCCAAUUGGCCAAACACGCUGCUGAAGACCAAACCGCCAUCUAUGUUUUGCAGAAACAGAGCGAUAUCGGAGAUUUGGCUAAGAAACUCAACUCUAUCCAAGGCCAGAGCGCACACAAACCCGAAGUACACUUCGUCAAAUACCGUACCCCUGAGGAUGCUGCCAACGCACAACGUGCUAUCCAAUCCCAAUACGACCAAUUGGGCGGUAACUCCCAAUCUCAUGACGGUGGUGUUGCCCCAGUGCACAACUUCGCUUCCCAAGCUCCAGUUGAAGCACCAGAAGUACAUGCUCCACGCAACUCCUACUUGCCCUCUUCCAUCAUCCGUGUUUAAGAUGGACUAUUGAUUGGAGGACUAAACAUAUGCCUCACUGAAGAACUGAUUUGUUAAAUUUAUUUGUUGAAACAUUUAUAUGUUUCACAAUUGUUGUUGAACCCUGCUAGUUAUUGUUAUUGUUAACGAAUAUAUUAAACUAUUUACGAAAAAAUUUUAA